AGAUUUUCAACAGGAAAAUUUAUAAGUCUACUGAGAGUCCUUAAAUUUUUUCAAGCGGAUUAACACCACCAAGCUAAAAGCUGAAUCAAUAUUGGUAAUCAAAGGAGAAAUCAACAGCCAACAGCUUUUACAACUUCACAUUUAAGUUAUAUCUAUAUGGUCAAUUUAUAUUAGAGAACAAUCAAACUUUCUUAGAAAAAAUAAUAGAGAGAAAGGCAGAGAGAACCAAAAAACUACCACCAUAAACAUAAAUACAAAAAAGAAAACUGUUAAAAAGUGAGUGAAAAUUAAAUAGUAAGAAGGAGAAAAAUCCAAAAUCUCUGGAAUGAAACCAAGACAUUUAAGGCGAAGAUUUAGUCUUCAGCCGUCAUUUAUGAAAGAUGACCACUCUGAUGAAAAGAAACGGGAUAAAGUAUCACGUUCAGAUGCUGCUGAUGAUUCCGUUGGACCGACAAAUGCUAGACAUAAAAUUGUUGUAAUGGGAUCAGCUAAAGUUGGUAAAACAUCAAUAAUAACGCAAUUUUUAUAUAAUCAAUUUCCAACCAAAUACAAGCGUACGGUAGAGGAAAUGCAUCAAGGAAAUUUUUCAUUAAAUGGUGUAAAUUUAAUAUUAGAUAUAUUGGAUACAUCUGGAUCGUACGAGUUUCCAGCUAUGCGAGCUCUAUCAAUUUCAUCAGCUGAAGCUUUUAUACUAGUUUAUGAUGUCACAGAUACAAAUACAUAUGAGGAAGUAAGAGCUAUUAGGGACCAAAUACAUGAAAUUAAGGGAACAACAGCCGUACCAAUUGUUGUAGUUGGCAAUAAAAUUGAUUUAGCUGAACGUGAUGAAAAUUUGAGAGAGGUUGAGCACGAAAUGACAGAAAAUGUAGUGACUGUUGAUUGGGAAAAUGGAUUUGUGGAAGCGUCAGCAUUGAAAAAUCAAAAUAUAACUCAAAUAUUCAAGGAAUUAUUGUCUCAGGCAAAAAUAACGUAUAAUUUAAGUCCUGCAUUAAGACGCCGCAGACGGCAAUCAUUGCCACCAAAUCAAAUGGGACAUAAUAAUGGUCAUGGCACACCAACAUCAAGUGCACCACCAUCAGCGACUCAUGUACCAUCAGCAUCACAAUUGCAACACUUACAAAAAAUACAAGAGCGAAGUUUAGGUGGAAAACGAAAUUCCUGUGUCAUUUCUUAAUAAUUUAUUUUAAAAUUUUGAGUCAAAAAAUUAAAAACCAAAUACAUAAAUAAAAAUGAAUAAAAUGUAAUAAAUUAUAUACUUACACCAAAAACAAAGUACAUAUAUAAAAUAAUAUAAAAAAAAAGACAAAUGAAAGAAUAUAUCGAAGUGUAUAAAAAGAAAGCUAAUAAAAGUAUAUAUAUAUAUAUAUAUAUAUAUAUAUAUAUAUAUACGUAAAACUGCAAUGACAUGCAACUGACUUAUAUAAUAUGACUAUAAAAAGUAAAAAAAAAACUUUAACACUUAGAAAAAAAUCCGGUAAAAUAAUACAAUUAUUUCA